CAAAGAGCUCCAGACCUUCCUAAUAUUCCCUGGCUCCGUUUUCAUUCUUGAUAUUCACUUGGGAGACUGUGUACAUUAUUCAGGAUGAAUCGGAUUCUUCUCCUUGGGGUCUCUAUGCUGCUCUUCUGCUCUCCUGCCCAAGGCCUCGUGUGUAAGCUCUGCCGUUCCGGAAAUGGCAAGGUCUGCUAUUUGACGGAAGAAACAUGCAAGACUCGCUUCGGAAAGUGUUACACGUAUACCGGCUACCUUGAUGACGAGCUCUAUUACAUGAGUUAUGGCUGUAUAAGUGAUGAAUAUUCGGAUUACUGCACCACAGUGGAAAAGGAGGGAAAAUACACACACAUUUAUUCUUGUUGUGACACCGACAAGUGUAAUGGGAAAGCCCUACCUCUGCCUCGUGGCGGAAAUUAAACUGUGGAGAGGAUUGCCAAUGGCUGCAGUUGUCUUUAUUCCACCCUGCUGUGUG